GCAAUGCAAAAUACGUACGGUCACCCUAUCUACGUAAAACUGUUAAUCACGCUGCCUCGUCUAUGGAAAAUCAUUUCAUGCAGAUGGAUUGGAACUAUUGAUACGUUUUAGAAUAUAUCUAUUCUACGUAAGACCUAUAACUGGAUACCGCUGUAAAUACUCCCCUCAUUACGCAACCACGCCCCCUGUGCGUCAACACGCUCCCGGAAGUGAAACCGUGGUUGUCAUCGUUGUGGAGCCAUGCCGGAUCCGUAACAUGCUAGUGGGCUUUCGGAAAGGCUCCCAGUCCAGGUGAGCUUCUCAGCUGCAUCAUGGCUUUAAAGUUGAUUCAGGCUGUGACGAGGAGUCUGGUGCCGAGGAGCCAAGGUCUUCAUGCUUUUCACGGGGCAGCAUCGUUCUCCUGGAGUCCCAUCGAGCCCUGUGUGCAAACCGCAUGCUUCGCCUGUCCCCAGACUGUCUGGAAGAGGAGGGUCUGCCACCCUCUCCCUUUUGACAGUGGGAGAGCACACCUUUCCACCGUGGUCAGGGACCCAGUGACGUUCAGCUUCGGAUCCGUGUGUCUCCAUGGCGACUCCACGCCUCGGUUCCUACUCACGCAGCUGCACCGGCCCGCUGCGGAAGACGAGCGGGUUUUUUCAGACAGGCUCCGGGACUGCAGCUCCUCAAAGCACGUCCUGCGUCUUCUGCAGUCAGCGGAGGUGAUGUCAGACACCAUGGCGGCUGCGGCAUUGCACCGCAUCGCGGACCUUGAGCUGGGGGAGGGCGGCCUAAGGGACGCGGAGGUACUUCAAAAUGACGUGGUCCGGGCUCUCUGCUUCCAGCUGGAGCACGAGUCCCGGCGGCUUACCGAAGCUGGGCUGGCGUCCGCCUUGCUGGCCUGCACACGCCUUUGCGUGGAUCCCUGGAGCACGUUGGUGGUGCGACUGGUGUCCGAGUGCCAGGAGCGGCUAGACCGGGACAGGUUCUCUGUGGCACAGCUGUGUAGCCUCGGAGAAGCACUAUUGGCCCUGGAAGGGCCUGGAUGUGGGAUGUUACAGCAGGUGAUGGAUCAGGUGCGACUUGGAUCCCCAGCGAACUGGAGCCUGGAUGAGCUAGCUGCCGUCUAUGGCUUGCUCCAGGCCGGAGCAGGAGAAGGUGGCCGCUACCAGGAACUCUUGAACGCCAUGAACACCCACGCCGUGUCUAUCGCUAGUCAGCUUGGCCCGGCUGCCAUCAGCCGGGUCUUGAUCGCCCUGGUGGCCCUGGACCAGACACAGGCCAUGCCACUGGUGAUUAGCCUUAGCAAGCACUCGGUGAGGCACAUGGCCAACUUCUCGAACAGCGAGCUGGCAGCGGUGCUGGCGGCCCUUACGCACUUUGGCCAUAGCGACCGCUUCUUUGUGGAGGCGCUGGAGAGACGUGUCACGGCAACAGCCUUUGAGUCACAUCCGGAGACCAUCUCCAAGGUGAUGCAGUACCUCGCCCGCCGGAACAUCCUCUCACCGGCCAUUUUUGACGUGGUGGCUGAGAGCUUCGUGUACCGGGCGGAUAGCUACAGCACCAGCCAGGUUGCCCGGCAGAUCAUGCCCUUCGGGAAGUUGGCGUACCUCCCACCCAAUGCGGGCAUCCUCUUCCGGAAGGUGGAGGCCAUCUUGCACUCACGCUUCUCACAGUUCCAGCCCCGCACGGUGCUCAACCUCCUGCACUCGUGCACCUUGGUUGAGAGGUUCCCCCUCAACUUCGUGGCAAAGGUUUUCAACCCCUAUUUCCUCCAACAGCUUCAAGAACAAGGCACGGGAAUAGAUAGGAUCAUACUUUCACAGCUGACGCAGCUCUACAUGACCGUUAAGCUAGAGUGUCCCUUCUAUGAGGGACCAAGCCUUCAUCGGAAGUACCGUGUGAAGUCCUUCCUCAUGCCCGGCCGGUCCCUGGAGACUCCCGUGGAAGGACACCUCUACAACUCGAUCAAAUCUGGCCUGAUCGACCUGCUCGGGGCUCGGGCCUACUUUGCGUCCCGUGUCCUGACGCCAUACUGCUACACAUUAGAUGUGGAGAUAAAGCUCGAUGAGGAAGGAUACGUCUUACCAGCCAGCAAUUUUGAGGACGUCUUUAAGAAGAUAGCUGUGUGCAUUGAUGGUCCGAAGCGUUUCACCACAAACACGAGGAGGCUGCUUGGCAAAGAGGCCAUUAAACAGAGGCACCUGAGGCUUCUGGGAUAUGAAGUUGUACAGGUUCCAUUCUAUGAGUUUGAGAAGCUGACCAGCAAGGCAGAGGUGGUGGAAUACCUGCAUAAAAGAAUCUUCCCCCACAGCUACAGGCUGAACUGGUGACGGACUGGUGAUGGGGAGUGAACGGGGGAUAACUACCCCAAAUAGAAGUGAAAGAGGAUGAGCGUCCAGCGUGUCAUCACUGGUUACAGUAUGCACUCAGCUUGGGCAGGUUACGGGAAGCUGAGGGGCAGCUUUACCCCGCCAGAGCGAACGGUCUGUGGGUCCUUGAGGAUGGGCUGAGAAACACUCAACAUCGACUGUCUUUGUAAACAGCGAAGCACUUAAGGUGGUUUCAGUUAGAAUUUUAAUCACAUUAUAUUUA